GGCGAGGCGACGCUGGUCAUGGUAGUAGUGCGUGGAAUUGGGAGCUGGAUGUGAUUCGGUUCGUUACGUAUCUAGGAGGAUCUGGUCGCGUUGUCUGGUGUGUCGGGGCAACGGGCAGGAGGAUCCAGGUGGAGAGGAAGACGGGCGGUUUCUGAUCUUGAGCAUUUUCCGGAGGAAGUUUGUUUUCCUGGGGGCGGGGUUGGAACGCUGGCACGGGGUCAGGGGCGUGAUUUGGGGUUCUCGGAACAGAGGAGUAGCUGGAAUGUGCGGCGGGAGCGAGCAGGAGUUAUGGGGAGGAGUUGAAUUGUGUUGCACGAGAGCUGGGUGUGCAAGGGCGGAGCUUGACCUGCUCCUUGGUGCUGACUUGCCACUCGCGAGAAAAUCCUUUCAAGCUUCGAGGGGUUUUGUGGGAGUGGAAGUCCUGCUGUAGAGGACGCAGGAUUUGGCCCAUUGUUGGUAAGAGAGGGAGAAGAUUUGGACGAGUUGGUUGAAGAUUGGGCACGUGAAGAACGUUUGGGUCGUUGGAGAGAAGUCUGACGAAUUUGAGAGGGAGAGAUUGUGGUAGACCGAGGUGCUGAAGCGCGGCGGCGGCGGCGGCAAGUUGGCGACGGAGUCCAGACAACGUCCGGGGAGUGCGUUCUGGCGGGGUUGGUUCGAUCAUGUUGCUGAAACCGACAUGGCGGAGGGUUGGGGAGGACGGUGGCGUUCAGUGCCCUCCCAGCCGCUCGUCGCGUUAGGGAGUACGUGCGGGUUUGGAGAAGAGAUCCGGUGCACGCGUUCACAGGAGUAAAUUUAGGAGGCGAUGGGCCACUGACGCAACACGACCCCACGAGAUGCUGAUGGCGGUGAUUACUUGCAUUAAGGUUCCCGGCAAAUUUUGAGGAUUUGUUAAGGUGUGGCGGUCAAGUGAGCGAGUGGCGUUUCGACCCUAGAGCAUUUCGAUUUGGACUAAGGCGGUGUGUUGUCCUGGGGACGGCAGUGGGUGAGGGGGAGAAGAAUUUGUGGCUUCAUGCAUGCGUGCGAGAGACGGAGGGUAGUGGACAUGACGAUGAAGGAUGGCGACCAUGUGGUGGAGUGGAACCCUGGGUUGCCCACUGGAGAAGAACUGAACCCCACAUCCAAGUCCUUGAUAUCCCUUGUUCUGGCAUCUGGCUUGAGCAUGAAGCCAGAGCCGCUGAAGACGGCGGCCGACGUGAGUGGAGAGUCGCGUGCCAGUUUUCUUGACUCGCAGGUCCAGAGAUUCAGUCCGAUGUCGUUCGAGGCACUACCGCUGUUCAAAGAACGCAAAGAUGCAGGGAGUUUUGUUUGCGCAUCGGAGGUUCGAGACGAUGGAGGCGGACGAGGAGAUGGACACGUGGGAGGGAGAGGUGGGAGCAUUGCCACAGGCGAAGGGCGUAGUGAUGCGAGAGGGGAGGUUCGAGGUGAGACCCGAGGGGCCGAGGAACCCGAAAUAGAAGCGGAAGUAGAAGUAGGGCUAGGACUAGGACUAGGAAGCGGAGGCGGUGGCAGAGACAACGACAGAGCUACGGUUGCUGAGAAACAGAACUGCUGCUCGCAUAGUGCAAGUUAUUCCCAUGGUCACGGUGGACACCCGAUGCCGACCGUUUUCAGGGGCGGAAGCGAUGGCACGAGUCACCAGCCGAGCGAGGGGAGGUCUGAGCACAGUUCUGGUCUUCCUUUCAUGAUGAACGGUUUGCCAGCUUAUGGCUCGCCGUAUGAGAGAAGGCCGGAUAGUUCGUCGUACGGUGGGAGAGGGGACGAUAGUAGCAAGGGUGGUGGUUGUGCGAAAAACGCUCGAAAGCUGGCGGAUUCGGAUUUUGAGGAUACGGAUUCAGGAGGGGGACCGGUGAACAGCAACGAGGAGACAAACGCGCGGACGUUGAAGAGACCCCGGUUGGUGUGGACUCCUCAGUUGCACAAGCGGUUUGUGGACGCGGUGGGGCACUUGGGCAUCAAGAACGCAGUGCCGAAGACGAUCAUGCAGUUAAUGAACGUGGAAGGGUUGACGAGGGAGAACGUGGCGUCGCACUUGCAGAAGUAUCGGUUGUACCUGAAGAGAAUGCAGGGUUUGUCGUCUGACGGACCACCUGCAAAUGAUCAGCUGUUCUCGUCAACUCCACUACCUCCGAAUCUGGGCCUGCAUUACAUGGCAAACCAGCGCGAGGAUGUUGGUGGUCCGUCGUUUCCGCCGGCGACCGUCCCCCCUAUGCCGUACAAAGGCGUGGGGGGAGGGCCUCUGGGGCCGGCCCAUUUCAGUGUGUACGACCGUAUGCCAUAUGGGGUUGUGAACAGGGGGUUCCUGCAGCGUCCACCAAUGAAGGACCGAACGGAACACAUAUCUGAAAGCGAGAAUGGGAAUCACCAGAGUGUGCUUAGCCAGAACCAUCACAGCUAUAUGGAGAAGCGAGCGAACUCUCCUGAGAAGCGGCUGCUGUCGUUGUUUCCCACAAGCUCCAGAUGAGGGGUUUAGGUGCGAAAUGGAAAGCGGCAUGGUGUUUGGAAAGUUUCUUCUUUUUUCCUUCUUUUUUCAAUCAUCUCCCAAGGUACGCAAGAAGUGGCAAGCUGCUUGGUACGUGUGGAGGCUCUGUUGGAAGAGCAAAGCGGGAAACGAGUCGUUUGAGGUGCAGAAGAUGAAGGGCUCUGGGGUUGCGUGAGAGAUGCGGCGAGAGCGAAUCAUUCUAGCAUUGUGAUAAGACGGAGCCGCGAAGUUGGUUAUGGUGUGUACCAGACUUGGCAUGAGGGUUUUCGAAGUGAAGCUGCAGGUUGGAGACAUGAUGAGUGUGCAAGGUGGUACAGACCUGGGAUCCAGCAAUGAUGCUUGACAGGUGAGGUGGACGAUUUACAGCCCUUCGUGUCUAUGCGCUACAAUGCAUAAGCGCCAGCAGCUUCCCGAUGUUGUAGCAAGCGAUCAUUUCCCCAAAGAUCCGGUUUCGGUGGACUUAUCUUCACCGUCCGGUAUGAGUUGGAGCUGGUCGUGCAGUGCAGGUGUCUCUCAAGAGAAGAAAUGUUGCUGAUGCGAGUCCUCGUAUUCGGUGAUGGCAGAAUGGGCAAUAGGAGCUAGGGUUUAUCUGAGUUUGUGAAGUGGUGCUUCAAGUAAUUUAGGAUGGCUCAGGGUUGCAUUUGCUACAUUCCGAGUUGGUACUUUCAGACUCUUGUACAAUGAUUGAUGUCUAUAGUACGAAUUCGUCAUCUGCUGCUAUUGUUGUAGAUGAUAUGAGGAUUUUAUUGGAGUGAAAUCGUAUUCUCAUUUGUACUUGAGGAUUUUUUAAUGCAUCAGUAUGGUUGUGUGA